UGUGCCCUUUGUUGCUGUCUGAUUGUAUCACUUUGUAAAUAAGGUGUGUCUCGAUCCAUCACAACAAAUCAUCAAAAUACAUCAAAUUUGUCACCUAAAGCGGAUCUUUCUCUUACGUUCUGAAACCUGUGGGGAAAAUUCAAUAUGAGCUGGAAUUUUUUCAGUAGGUUUACAGGAGCCUCUCCGAAGAAGACAGUGCUGACAAGGGAGGAGGAAAAGGAUUUUGAAACAGAAGUGAAUAAAAUUGAAGUAUUGGAUGAAGCCACUAAACGCUUGUACAAGGAUAUGCGCAAGUGCAUUGAAGCGAUGACGUCGCUGUCUAAGCACCAGUGUCGAGUGGCUCACAACCUAGCUGCUAGCCCUAUCCUAAACACAGAACCUGAUAUCAAAUCAUUGGAGGGCAUCAGCACCUCCAUCAGCAAGGUUGAUGAAUUCACGCAUGAACUGAACCUCAGUGCUACUAGGACCAUGGUUGAGCCCAUGAAGAAGUUUAGUGGGAUCUUUCCAGGGAUCUACGUAGCUCUGAAGAAGAGGGAGCAGAUCCUCCAGGAGUACAGUCGCUGUCAGACCAAGUUGGAGAAGUACCAGGACAAGGAGAGGACCGGUCCUAAUCUUGCCAAGUUAGAACAGAGUAAAAAAACACUGGAUGCAGCCAAGGAGGAAUAUGAGAAAGUGCAUCAAGAGCUGAUGGAAGGGAUGCCAAACUUCUUUGAAGCCAGGAUAAACUACUUCCAACCAUGUUUUGAGGCUCUCAUCAAAGCACAAGUCCAAUACUACACGGAAUGCUUCAAGAUUUAUGUUGAGAUAGCAGCAUCAUUACAACACAAUGAGACGGUACAGAGCGAUGAUGACUUUGAGGAGGAGCUCCAUUCCAAGCUCAACGACAUCAGGGCUCUGUCCAUCGUGGUCGACGACUAGGCUCUCUCGCUAUCUUACCCGCCCAUUCCUCAUUCCUUCCCGUGCUACAUAGUAUACCUACCUAUGAUGGUUUACAUUGUAAAGGUAUAGAUAGUCUUUGUUUUACAAUGUUUUAUGUAUUCUAAAUUUUUGUUGGUCUAGACUUAGCGUAAACAAAGAUCUGGUCAAAGAUAUUCCAAAUUGACACAACUCCUCCAGUUGAAUUUAUAUUCUGUGUAUUAAGUACAUCUCCCUGCCCCCCCCCCCCCC